GCCCCGAGGAGCCGCAGCAUGGAGCCCACCGUGGUGCCCAUCCGGGCCUCCGAGCUCACCGCGGCCCCCGACGGGCCCUACAGCUUCUCUAGCCAGCCCCGCUCCCUGCCCCCCCGCCCCAAGUACCGAGAGCUGUCCAAUGCCGCCGAGACGGAGAAGGGCCCGGUGCGCUACGGCAACAUCAUGAUCGACCCGAGGGUGGUGCGCGGAAACGUUCUGUCCGUCCGUCCUCCCCCACCGCAGAGUACCGAGCCCCAUACCCUUGAGGUUAAAAGGCAGAGGAGAGCACAGAAACAAGUGCUGGCCAGAAGGUUUGCACAAGAGCAAGUUCAACCAGGAACGCCGGAGCCUGUGGAGGGCAGAGAACAUGUUUAUGUGCAGACAGAACUGUAUUUGGAAGAGAUUAGUGAUCGGAUAAUAGAGGUUGAUGGAGAGUGUCAAACAGAUGAAUUUUUGGACAGACCACCCACUCCACUCUUCAUACCAGCCAAAUCAGGAAAAGAUGUGGCCACUCAAAUCAAAGAAGGAGAGCUGUUUGACUUUGAUAUUGAAGUUAAGCCGAUCCUGGAAGUGCUGGUUGGAAAAACAGUUGAGCAGGCUUUGCUGGAAGUCAUGGAAGAAGAAGAGCUGGCCCAGCUGUGGUCACAUCAGCGCGCCUUCGCAGAGCUGCGUAAUGCAGAGUUUGCUGAGUUACAGCGCUUGGAAGAGCAGGACAGGAGAAUCAGAGAGGAGAAGGAACGUCGCAGGCUGGAGCACCUGGAAAAGCUGCGGAAACAGAAAGAGACUGCAGAGAAAAUUGCAGCUCGGGCAUUCGCUCAGCGUUACCUGGCUGAUCUCAUUCCUUCAGUCUUCAACAAUCUUCAUGACAGUGGAUUUUUUUAUGACCCUAUAGAGAGAGAUAUUGAGACAGAAUUCCUUCCAUGGCUGAUGUCAGAAGUGGAAGAAGCACUACAGAAGAAGGUUCUGGGACGGACAAUGCUUGACUCUUUGAUUCGUACAGUGGUUGAAAAGCGCUUAGAUGAAUUUAGCCAUCCACCUCCAUCUGCUCAACCAAAGGCACCUGCUGAAGAGCCUGGGGCAACAGAUGCAGCUCCCAAGGUGUCUGGGGAGGCAGAUACUGCUGAUCAACCAGUUGCAGAGAAAGAAGAGACUGACCAACCUGUUGCUGAGGAAGAACCUUCAGAUUCCACCUUUUCUCAGCUAGAAGAAUAAUGUCAAGAAGGAAGAGCAGAUUUGGAAACUGAGUAACAAACAGGUAUUGUGCCCUAGCCAUGCUGAAGGAUGAACCUAAGCAACAGUAGAGCAUUAAAACAUGAUUUCAGUGUGCUGGAGUUGCUGAUUUCAGGCUGAUAAAAUCAAGAGAGAAGUUGCUAGUGCAAUGAAUGGCACAGAAAUUCUGUCUCCAUUUACACAAUCUAAUCCAUCAAAAUCUAGGAGGUUUACAGUUGAAAAGUAAUGCUGUCCCACACCCUGUGCUAGAAGGUCAUGAGAAGGCUGUUGAGAGCAUCGUAACAAUCUUUGCAAGUGCUUUGAUAAUGUUCUUGGAACAGUAUUUCCUUACUUUCCUUAUUUUGAAAGGUAGUUACUACAUCAAUUAAAUAAAUUGCUUUUGACUCA